CCACUCCUCCCUCCUCCAGUCCUCCUCCAGUCCUUCACCACCCACUCCUACACCCACCUCCCUCUCCCUCUCUCUCUCUCGCUCUCUCUAAAGUCGAGCCUCCUUCAAUGGCAAUUUCAGCAACUUCAGCUUCUGCUUCCACAAAGCUCAUAUACCCAUCUCCUCCUCCUUCUUCUUCUCCUUCUUCCUCCACCACUCUCGCUCUCUGCACCCCUUCUCCCCGUACCAGAAAACAUCCCUCUAACCUCUCCUCCUCCUUUCUCAGUAAACCCUCCACCACCUUCCUUUCAACCCCCACCACCACUGCCACCACCACUCAGCGUCGUUCUUUCACUGUUCGAGCUGCCAGGGGAAAAUUCGAGAGGAAUAAGCCCCAUCUCAACAUUGGGACAAUUGGCCAUGUCGACCACGGCAAGACCACUCUCACUGCCGCUCUUACCAUGGCCUUAGCGGCCAUGGGCAACAGCGCCCCCAAGAAGUACGACGAAAUCGAUGCCGCCCCGGAAGAGCGCGCCCGUGGAAUUACUAUUAACACUGCCACCGUCGAGUACGAGACUGAGAACCGCCAUUACGCCCACGUCGAUUGCCCCGGUCAUGCCGAUUAUGUCAAGAACAUGAUCACCGGGGCUGCCCAGAUGGAUGGCGCCAUUCUCGUCGUCUCCGGCGCUGACGGGCCCAUGCCCCAGACCAAGGAGCACAUACUGUUGGCCAAGCAAGUGGGUGUCCCCAAUAUGGUUGUUUUCCUCAAUAAACAAGACCAAGUUGAUGACGAGGAGCUUCUGCAACUUGUUGAAUUGGAAGUUCGUGAGCUUCUUUCUUCGUAUGAGUUCCCAGGUGAUGAUGUUCCUAUCAUCUCUGGCUCAGCUCUUUUGGCUUUGGAAGCUCUGAUGGCAAAUCCCAGCAUUAAGCGAGGUGAAAACCAAUGGGUCGAUAAAAUUUAUGAGCUUAUGGAUUCUGUUGACAGUUAUAUACCAAUUCCCCAACGUCAAACCGACCUCCCAUUUCUUCUUGCCAUUGAAGAUGUUUUUUCAAUCACGGGUCGUGGAACCGUGGCCACCGGCCGUGUCGAGAGGGGUACGAUUAAGGUUGGAGAGACAGUGGACAUUGUGGGUCUGAAGGACACCCGAAGCACUACUGUAACUGGGGUUGAAAUGUUUCAGAAAAUUCUUGAUGAGGCGCUUGCUGGGGACAAUGUUGGAAUUUUACUCAGGGGUGUUCAGAAGGCUGAUAUCCAGAGAGGGAUGGUUUUAGCUAAGCCCGGUACCAUUACCCCGCAUACUAAGUUUUCAGCAAUUGUAUAUGUGCUAAAGAAGGAAGAGGGUGGCAGGCAUUCACCAUUUUUCGCAGGGUAUAGACCUCAAUUCUACAUGAGGACUACUGAUGUGACUGGCAAGGUGACAUCCAUUAUGAAUGAUAAGGAUGAGGAGUCUAAGAUGGUGAUGCCCGGUGACCGAGUUAAGAUGGUGGUUGAGCUCAUAAUGCCAGUGGCUUGCGAGCAAGGGAUGAGGUUUGCCAUCAGAGAAGGGGGCAAGACUGUUGGAGCUGGUGUUAUUCAGUCCAUCAUUGAGUGAUACUAGGAAGCUUUGGCAUAACAGCAAAUGCUCUUCUUCACUUUUUGAGUAGUGUCCAAACUUCAUAUCUUAAGCUUUAUGCAUUUAGUUCCACCCUUUUAUGCAUCUUCCCGGAUGUCAUAUAUUCUGCAGUUUUGUUAUUCUUUUGCUUUGUGCCAAUGUCUUAGUUUAGUUGGAUAAUAUUCUUGUGAUAAUUCAAUGUGAUAAGCUCUGUUGCUUCAGCUGUUGUUGAGCCC